CAUUACGUGACUUCCGGCGGACGUAACCGGUCAGCUGCAUUUUAUUAUGAAAGCACUUCUGGUUAUCACAUGAAGCCGAAGUCUUUUUUUCUAACAAAUGGUAAAUAUCACAGGGCCUUCUUCCGCUUUUUUAGCCGUAGAAUUCAAGAGUCGCGCUCCAUUUGAACCAAAACACCUGCGAAUAUGAACACGGAGAAGGACUUCUCGCCUUUGACACCCAAUAUUGUCCGAGCGUUAAAUGAUAAACUGUACGAGAAGAGGAAAGUCGCCGCUUUGGAGAUUGAAAAGCUAGUGCGGGAGUUUGUGGCCCAGAACAACUCGACUCAGAUUAGGCAUGUUAUCCAGAUCCUUGCGUCGGAGUUUGCGCUCUCCCAGCACCCGCACAGCCGCAAGGGGGGUCUCAUUGGACUGGCCGCUUGCUCCAUUGCCCUUGGUAAGGACUCGGGUCUGUAUCUGAAGGAGCUGAUCGAGCCUGUGCUCACGUGCUUCAAUGACUCUGACAGCCGCUUGCGCUAUUAUGCAUGUGAGGCCCUGUAUAACAUAGUGAAAGUGGCCCGGGGAGCUGUGUUGCCCCACUUCAACCUCCUCUUUGAUGGUCUCAGCAAGCUUGCGGCUGAUCCGGACCCCAAUGUGAAAAGUGGGUCUGAACUCCUGGACAGGCUGCUGAAGGAUAUAGUGACAGAAAGCAACAAGUUUGACCUGGUGGCAUUUGUCCCCCUGUUGAGAGAGAGAAUCUACUCCAACAAUCAGUACGCUCGGCAGUUCAUCAUCUCCUGGAUCCUGGUUCUUGAGUCGGUGCCGGACAUCAACUUGUUGGACUACCUCCCUGAGAUUCUGGACGGACUCUUCCAGAUUCUGGGAGACAACAGCAAGGAGAUCCGCAGGACGUGUGAGGUGGUGCUGGGGGAGUUUCUGAAGGAGAUCAAAAAGACGCCGUCCAGUGUGAAGUUUGCUGAGAUGGCCAACAUCCUGGUCAUCCACUGCCAGGUUGCUGACGAGACAAAACUCACUAAUGACCUGAUCCAGCUGACAGCCAUGACCUGGAUGAGGGAGUUUAUCCAGCUUGCGGGCAGAGUGGUGCUGCCUUACUCCUCUGGUAUCCUCACGGCGGUGCUGCCCUGCCUCUCCUACGACGACCGAAAGAAGAGUACCAAAGAAGCAGCCAGUGCCUGCAACCACAGUCUGAUGAAGUUGGUCACUCCUGAGGAUGAUGAGGACGAAGAGGAGAAAGGAGGUGGCACAGGUUCACCGGCCAGGGAUGAGAGUUUGCCCAAAACGGAGUCAGAUGGCAACGACAUGCUGAAUGCAUCACAGGAAUCUGUUGGUUUCAGCAAUAUCAGCUUCCUUACUCCUGCAAGCGCGGACAGGCCCCAGGUGACGUUGGACCUGGACGGCAUUGUUCAGGUGUUGGACCGCCACCUCCACGACUCCUCCACUGGCAUGAUGACCCGCAUCGCCGUGCUCAAAUGGCUGUACCACCUGUAUAUUAAGACGCCACGCAAGAUGUUCCGCCACACUGACAGCCUGUUUCCCAUGCUGCUGAAGACUCUGUCCGACGAGUCAGAUGAGGUGAUACUGAAGGACCUGGAGGUGUUAGCUGAGAUAGCGUCAUCCCCUGCUGGUCAAACAGACCUAGCAGGCUCCUGUGACAACACCGACAACAAACUGGAGCUCAAGGUGCCAGAGGGGACCAAACCAGGGCAGCAGCCCAGCACGGGCUCCAAGGCAGUGGACUCAUCCCCCUCCACUCCCAGUAUGAACUCCUACUUCUACAAGUUCAUGAUUAACCUUCUGAAACGCUUCAGCCUGGAGAGGAAGCUUCUGGAGAACAGGGGCGCCUUCAUCAUCAGGCAGCUGUGUCUGCUGCUUCAUGCAGAGAACAUCUUUCACUCCAUGGCUGACAUCUUGCUGAAGGAGGAGGAUCUGAAGUUUGCUUCCACCAUGGUCCAGACGCUUAACACCAUCCUGCUCACCUCUGCUGAGCUCUUCCAGCUGCGCAACCAGCUCAAAGACCUGCACACACAGGAAAGCUGUGCCUUGUUUUGCUGCCUGUAUCGUUCCUGGUGCCACAACCCCGUGGCUACCGUGUCACUCUGUUUCCUCACACAGAACUACAGACAUGCCUACGAUCUCAUCCAGAAGUUUGGAGAUCUGGAAGUGACAGUAGAUUUUCUGAUGGAGGUUGACAAGUUGGUACAGCUCAUAGAAAGCCCCAUUUUCACCUACCUGCGUCUGCAGCUCCUAGAUGUGGAGAACAACCCCUAUCUGAUCAAAGCACUGUACGGCCUGCUGAUGCUGCUGCCGCAGAGCCAGGCCUUCCAGCUGCUCUCCCACCGCCUGCGGUGCGUCCCAAACCCAGAGCUCAUGAGGACUGUCGAUGAAUCCAAGUACAUGGAAUCAAAACAGCAAGUCACCUCCAAACGUGCCUCCCACCCACAAAUGGAUUACAACGAGUUGCUCCAGCACUUUGACCGUGUCCAAAGCAAGCAUCUUGAAGUGCGACACCAACGCUCCGGACGUGCCACUGACCACCUGGACAGGAAGCUGAUGUGAUUUCAUUGUGCCAUAGUGACCUCUGGCCCUUAAGGACAGAGGUCACUGCAUUCAUAUUAAAUAAAUUGAGAGGAAGGUUUUACUAGAGGAAAAGAUUGUCAAGAUACUUUUGAAGCCAAAAAGUAUUAUAUUAGUAUGGUGAAACCUGGCCAUUAGAAAGGCACUGGUUAUAUAUUAUCAUGAAAAUAUUGAUAUCUUUUGUAUAUUUCUUGGCUGAUGUUAAGGAGAGUGUUAUGUAAUGGACAAAUACAAAUAUUAAUAAGGAACUGGAAACAAAUUCUUGAUUACACUGUAACUAUAUACACACUGCUUUCUGUGAGGGAUUGGAGGAUGUACAUAAAGGUUGAUAGAGCAUGACUGGUCAUGGUGACAAUAUUACCACAUCCUAAGUUUCUGUAAUGCCAGCUGUCACUCACUACCUGGUGGUUUCCAGCUAAAUGAACUCCUCACAGUGCUUCAAGUUAAACUGACACACCACUGGGUGUUGUAUAGCACACAACUAUUUUGUAAUGGUGUACUCCAUUGAACAGACCUCAGUGUGAAUAGUUCAGGGCUGUCUUAAUCUCAUGUCAGCUUGAAAAGAAAUCUCACAUGUGACAUAUUUAACAAGCUUAACUGAGAAUGUCAACUCCAGAAAGCAUAGAAGACUGAUGUUGUUGCACCUCAUGCCAUUUCCUUUAUUGUUGGUUAUUUAAAAUCAUGUUAGUCACAGACUUCACCAUAUCCAAUUCCAGCUGUUGAUUCCAUUGUUUUUUUUGGUUUUUUUUUUAAUUUGUUAAGUAAUUUUUCAAUGAAUAGUAUCUGCAUUUUGUCAUUCCUAUGUGAAAAUCAAUAAAAGUGGACCAUGUGAUUAAACACCUACUUUGUGAUUAAAAACAUACUUUGAGUAUAUUAGAGUACUCUAGUACUCUAAUAUGAAUUUUGGUGAAAAAUAUUACAGGGGGAAAGGAAAAAGAGGAUACAAGAGUACCACUAAUGUAAUAUUACACAUGACAUAGCCCUAUAACCUUUUAAAUUGUCCAGUCAAAGUUUUGUUCUUAAUCAAGGUUAAUUCAAACUCCAAAGUCUGUUAAGUCAGUGCCAUGUGUUUCUUUCUCUUUCUCUCUCUUUUUUUUUUUUUUUUUUUUUUUUUUUUUUUUUUUUUUAACAUGGUGCACACUUAACUUUGCCUUUAGAUUUCUGCACAGACCAUGAGGUCGAAGUACAGACUUGCUUGACUGUAGGGAAUGAACAGCAACAAAUACUACAAUGCCAGUAAGGGUUUGUCAUCAAGACUACAUGUGACCUGUGAAUAUUUAAUAAAUAGUUAAUUAAUGUAGUCUUGUCUGUUCAUGGCAUCUUAAAGUGGGAUUGCCAUAAAUGAAAUGUACCAUGCAUAAUGAAGAAAACAUAGUAGCUGUGAAUUUAAGUAAUUGUACAUAAAUCUUUUUGCUCGGUGGGGCUGAGAGAUCAUUGCAAAGAGUUUUCUAGAUGCCUGUUACAACAGAAAAAAAAAAUGUUUAAAAGAGAACACUUGGUGUACUUAGAUAUCAGUGAAUGAGUGCUGUAGAUCUGCUUGUUCAUAAUUAUUAAAGUACAACCAAAUACUCAUCUC